AUGAAGGUCAUGCUUUCAAUCAGUGUUACUAUUUUAACUGUGACGUCUUUAACAUUCUGUGCAGUGACAAAAACAAAUAACGAAAGCAUCUGUCAAAGAACAAAUUCGUGCAUAUUCGACCCGAAUGUAUGGGAAAAAUCGCGUGCAAUGUCUGGUCUCGUUUUGAUAGAAAUCGCUCUUUUAUUGGCACUCAUCAUUAUACUCAUCAAAUCAUUGCAUACCUCGUCUCCAGAGAAUAAUAUUGUCAUGAUUAUAACC